CUGCAACUGCAGAACUCGGAGUGGCUUUUCCUCUGCGGCCAGCUGGGAAUCAGUAUGAUGAAGUGGAUGGUGGUGGCCUUGGUCUACCUCCAGCUCUUGGAGGCAGCUGUCAUCAGAGUCCCCGUGAAGAAAUACAAGUCCAUCCGCGAGACCGUGAAGGAGAAGGGCCUACUGGAGGAGUUCCUGAGGACCCGCAAGCACGACCCUGCUCAGAAGUACCGCUUCAACCAAGUCGUCGUGGUGGGCUACGAGCCCAUAUACUACAAGGACGCUUCCUACUUCGGUGAGAUCGCCAUUGGAACUCCACCCCAGAAAUUCAAGAUCCUUUUUGACACUGGCUCCUCCGACUUUUGGGUGCCCUCUAUCUACUGCCGGACCGUGGCCUGCACCAACCAUUCUCGCUUCGACCCCUCCAAGUCUUCCACUUUCUCCACCAAGUGGCAGUCCUUCUCCCUGGAGUACGGCAGCGGCAGCCUCAGCGGCUUCUUUGCCUACGACACUGUGGCUUUCCCGACCAUCCAGAUCCCUGACCAGCAGUUUGGCCUGAGCGACUAUGAGCGCGGUAUGGCUUUUUUCUACUCAGAGUUUGACGGCAUCCUGGGCAUGGGCUACCCUGACCUGUCCACGAAUGGGGCCACCACAGUCUUCGAGGGAAUGCUGCAACAGGAGAUUCUCACCGACCCUGUCUUCAGCUUCUACCUCUACAACCAGAGGGGAGCCCCACUUGGGGGAGUGAUCAUCUUUGGGGGUGUGGACAACAGCGUGUACACAGGGCAGAUCCACUGGGCCCCCGUCACCCAGAAGCUCUACUGGCAGAUCGGCAUUGAGGGGUUCCUCAUUGGCCAGCAGGCCACCAGCUGGUGCUCCCAGGGCUGCCAGGCCAUCGUGGACACAGGCACCGCUCUGCUCACCGUGCCUGAGGAGUACCUGAGUGAACUUGUGCAGGCCACAGGGGCCAUGGAGAACGAGGAUGGACAGUAUCUCGUGAACUGUGACAAGGUCGAGAACCUGCCCAACUUCACCUUCGUCAUCAACGGUGCGCAGCUCCCUCUGCCACCCUCCGCCUACAUCCUCACUAACGGUGUAUUCUGCGACGUGGGAAUCGAGGUCACCUACCUGCCCUCUGAGAACGGCCAGCCCCUGUGGAUCUUUGGGGAUAUCUUCCUCAAGUUCUACUAUUCCAUCUUCGACAUGGGCAACAACAGGGUGGGCUUUGCCACUGCCCUCUAG